AUUACGAAUAUGAGCUUACUUCAUAUUCAAUCUUAUUAACAAUCGACGGAUGAAUCAUCCCAUCCCCUAAAUUCAAAAUUUAACUUUCUUCAAAUUUAUGCCAUAGAUUUAAAACCUUACAAGAAAAAAUGGAGGCUCCUUUUUAAUAGUGUUCCAAGCCUCAAAAGUUUAGAAUCUAUAUACUUUGAUUUAUAAAGUUAAAGUACAGAGGAGCGUGAGAGUAAAGAGAUAAUCUUCUUAUAAUGUAUUCUUAUAAAUAUGCAUGCUCCUUUAAACUUAAAAUUAGUAAAUAAAAAACAAUAAGACAUAGAGUGAAGAGUAAUGGAUUCACAUAAGUGAAUUAAUGCCAACAUAAAAAUCUUAAUUUGAAUGGUCUUAAAUUUGUUAAUAAUUUGUACAUUAAUCUGCUUAUAACAAUCCAUGGUCUUAGAAUGAAGAUAGCUAACUUUUAGACAUAAUUUUGUAAUAAUUUAUACCAAUAUAAUAGAUGUUUUCAAAAAAUGAAGAAGGGAAAUAAAUGGAGUAAAAUAGCACGAGAACUAAAUGAACGCUGUCUUAAUAAGUGUAUUCGUACUCCUAAAUAAUGUAGAGAACGUUGGGGAAAUAAAUUAGAUCCAUCUAUAAAUCGGUAAUAUUUAUAUAUUAUUAUUAUUAAGUGAUGAAUGGACAGAUUAAGAAGAUCUUAACUUUCUUUAACUACUAUUAUAACAUGGAAGAAGAUGGGCAGAAUUAUCUAUUCGAUUAUCACCUAUUACCAAUAAUAAAAAACGAACUGAAUUUUCAUUAAAACAUAGAUUUAAAAAAUUAAUAUCUAGUACAAUUAACAUAGGUAUUUUAAUAAUUAAUACAUUAUUAGAAUCCAAAUCUAUUCCUGGAACUAAAUAUCCUAUUUCUUCCGAUUGGAACAAUAAAGAAAUUAACAAACUACUUUCCAAAAUAUCUCAAUUAGAAAUGAAAAUCAAUUUAAAACAGCUUGAUAACUUCUAUUAUCAUCCUCUAUUUAAACAAAUUAAACUUAAUGAUUUUACUAAGUUGGUUAUCAUUAAAGGGACAUCCAAAGUAGAGUUGGAUUUGUCAAUUCUUUUUAAUUCGACAAAUUCAGAGUUAUAUGUUUGA